CCGAAAUGGCCUGGAUGGCCUGGGAGUUGCGUGUUCAGAUUGAUUGUACCGGUGCUCAAAGUUGGAAGUAUUAUUGGGCGUAAAGGAGAACUUGUUAAGAAGAUGUGUGAGGAAACUGGGGCUAAGAUUCGUGUACUUGAUGGACCUCCUUCUUCUCCUGAUCGCGUUGUUCUAAUAUCAGGUAAAGAAGAACUCGAGGCAGCAUUAUCUCCUGCUAUGGUAGCUGUAAUAAGAGUGUUCAAACGUGUCACUGGUCUCUCUGAAGGUGAAGAUGAUGUCAACUUAUCUGGAGUUGCUGGGGCUGCAUUCUGCUCCAUCAGACUACUCGUAGCAUCAUCACAAGCUGUGAACUUAAUAGGAAAACAAGGGUCUUUAAUCAAGCCUAUCCAGCAAAACACUGGUGCCUCCAUUCGAGUUCUUUCCAAUGAUGAGAUGUCAAUCUAUGCGACGUCAGAUGAGAGAAUUGUGGAAAUUCAAGGUGAAGCACUUAAGGUUCUUAAAGCUUUAGAAUUGGUGAUUGGGCACCUUAGGAAGUUCUUGGUGGAUCAUAGCGUUCUUCCCUUGUUUGAAAAGAAUUACAAUACACCUGCCGUUCAGGAGCGCGAAACUGAGCCUUGGUCUGAGAGGACGAUGCUUAAUACCUCACGAUCAGGACUUGGUGAUUAUCCUCCUCGAUCAGGACUUGGUGAUUAUCCUCCUCGAUCAGGGCUAGGUGAUUAUCCUCCUCGAUCAGGACUAGGUGAUUAUCCUCCUCGAUCAGGACUUGGUGAUUAUCCUCCUCCAACAAAGAGGGACUCACUGUUUCCCGAACGUGAAAGCCAGUUGGACUCACAUUAUCAUUCUACUGGACUUUCAUUGUAUGGGCAAGACUUUGGACUUUCUGGAACUCGCACUUCAGGUGUGGGUCGUGCUGGGAAUUCUGUUAUUACUCAGAUAUCCCAAACUGUUCAAAUGCAAAUACCAUUAACUUAUGCAGAAGAUAUCAUUGGCAUAGGAGGAGCAAAUAUUGCUUAUAUACGCCGUACUAGUGGUGCCGUUCUUACGGUGCAAGAAAGUAGGGGUUUAUCUGAUGAAAUCACGGUGGAAAUAAAAGGGAUGUCAUCACAAGUUCAGACAGCUCAGCAACUUAUCCAGGAAUUUAUGAGCAGCCACAAAGAUUCACUUCCAAGCAGUUAUGGCCAGUUAGAUACAGGCUUGAGGCAAUCAUCUUACUCUAACCUAGGUGGGGGCUCUUAUCCAUCAUCUUCAUACGGCGGACAUCAUUAUGGUGGUGGCUAUGGAUCAUUUGGUUCUGGUGGAGGAUACAGUAGCUACAGGUCAUGAACAGAAUAGCCAGAGUCUUAGGACUCGUACUUCCCUUCCUGAAUGUUCUUGUGCAUCGAAUGCCAGAGCAAACACUGAAUCAACCACAUGUGAUUCAUGCUUUAAUCUCAUAUCGCAUACAACAUUGUAUUGAUAGCUUUUUCAGUAGCCCACCAUAGCUUGUAGUUGUUACAUGUGUAUCGAUAUGAUACCAUUGAAUCUUUCGUUAUAUUUAUUUUACUUUAAGCUUCGUUUUGUAAAUGUUGCAACUUGUGACUAGCACAAAAAUGAUCAGUUGCAAUUGCCUCUCCAGAGGGGUGGUAAUUUUUCAGAUAUUUAUGAAUGGACCUUGUCAAAGUUUGUUGUU